UCAAUUUGUAACUCAAUGGCUCCUCCCUUCCUGUUCCUUUGUGGAGUGCUCACAGUUAUGCAACCCACCUUUUCUGGCCCUUUAGGGACCGUCAUGCAGAAGAUGGAGUCGGAGCAACUGGAGAGGCUGCGUCAUGCAAACCAAGACCUUCUGCAAAGGCUCAAGGUGAAGCAGGAAGAAAUCAAGAAAAGACUUCCUCGCAAGCCACUGUCUUCAUCCUCUCUUUCCAGAAGAACAACUCCUGCAGAGAGAGCUGUCCCUGUUCCUAAGAGAGGGAAGGAGAACCAAGUCCGUGCGACGAAGGGCACGCCGGACCCCGUGACGCUAGUGUCUGUGGAACCCGGAGCCAGGGCAGCCAGGGCAGCCCUUCAUUCGCCAUUGAAACCCGCAGCGUGCGGCAGGGAGGGGAGGGGUGUGCUGCACCGCAGAGCGGGGGCGCAUCCGGGUUCCCCCAGGGCAGAACGAAGCUUCACACCGGCAGCAUCCCUCACCAGAGAAACCCCCAGAGUGGCCAGAGACGGCAAUGCCCUGAGAAACCCAGGGGAAGAAUCCACCCCUGUGAAACACAGAGAGAGCAGACAGCAAUCCACCGUGCUCUGUGGCGCCCUGGAGAGGGGCAGGCCAUGGGCUGAGGCAGAGACGGUGCUGGGCAGGACCCCAGCGGAAGGGAAUGGCCGGCGGCAAACGGCCAUUAGAGACUCCAGGACUCCCAAAUCAAUCCUGCUGACACCUGGGGGGAAAGAAGUCAAGAAGGAAGCAGGCCGAGUGACUUUUCUGUCGGACCCUGAGGAAUACACCAUCCCCGCCGAUAGUUGGUCAGCACGUCCUUUCUUGGGCUACGACUGGAUUGCAGGGCUGCUGGAGACGGACUCGUCGUUGUCCGAGAAAUCUGAGCAGUACUUCUCUGAGCUCCGGGAGUUCCGGCAGGUGAACAAGGAAGCGUGUGUCCAUGAGGAAGACCUGGGGCCAGAGGCACCGGAUUACUUGGCUCCUGAACAAGAAGCAGAUUUGGUUUCCAGUUCCCAUCAGUGUGUUUAUUGCUAUCGAUUAAACAGGCGCCUGUUUACAGUCCCUGUGGAUUCCCAGUCUGCCUGCCCCAUGUGUAAGACCCCGAGAGCCCGACGGCCUCCGGAGACGCUGGAGGAACCAGCCUACGUCAGGGUCAGCAUUCCCAGGUCCACCCUCCUGCCUGCCUAUAAGUACAAAAUCCAUCGCAGGAAGAGCUUUGAACCAGCAGACGAUCUGGCUUUACCCUCGCACUGCCUGGCCGGUUGGGAGAACGUCGUCCCUUCCAGCAGCCCCACGCUUAGCAGUUUGGAUCUGCGAACUUCACUGCAACAAAAACCCACUGACCAUUCUCACCUGACCUUGGUGUCCCGAAUGUCCGGAGGAACCAGAACGGACCAGCUCCUAAACCUGUCCCGCUCAGCUCAUUUCAGACUUAGUAAUGCUUCUCGGCAGAGAGCUCCAGACAAGCCACUAUGCUACAGAGCAACUCCUAAUUAAAGUCCUACCGUCUCAACCGUAUGAGCUGCUGACCUGAUUACCCAGGGCCCAUGGGGGAUACUGGGAGUGAGUAAAAAUGAUGGUGUUUGCCUAAAAAUGAACCUUUAGAGGAGGGAUUUUUUCCGAGCCCUGCAAGUGCAAACGCCCUCGCAAAAAUCCGCAUGCACGUGUGUGUUGGAAUUGUGCAAGCUGCCAUUAGACAAUGGCAGAAAUUGCUUGCAGUUGGCCAGUUUUGGCCUCUAACCGGCCCUUUGUACAUACAAUCACCGCAGUUGUGCUUUCCCAUCCAGGGAUGUAAACUAAGUGUAAGUGGUCAGUUGCUAUAAGAGACCAUCUGGUAGGUUUGAGAAAACAGGAUGACUAGUCCUGUUCCCUGUAAUAGAACAGCCAUUGGGUGUAUUGCAAUAGACACGUACAGAGCGUUCAUCCGCCCAACUCAUAAAAGUGAUACGGUUGACUCAUCAAACCAAGAAUUCUGACUCUCUGGACAAGAAGUUGGGACUGUGAGCUGCAGCAUGAGGUAUGCAAAGAUACUCAAUUUCAUGCUUCCAGGAAUUUGGGAACAUGAUUAAUUCUUACAUUAAAGAAGAGUGACGGUGCUUUAGUUCCAAUAAGAAAAACGUGUUUGUUUUUGUGCAUUAUCUUUGGACAGAGGAUUUGGUAGAUCAUGUUCAGCAUAGAUCUCUCGGGGGGAGAAACCAUUGUCAAAGAAAGAGGUGUUUUAUGAAUCACAAAGCCACAAAAUGCCUUCCAACAUUCUGAUGUCAUGUUUACCUCUGAUUGUAAAAAGGCUGGUGGGAAGGCAUUUUGAAGACCUGCUCAUGGGGGUUUUUAAUUGCAUUGAAAUAAUGUGGGAGAGUUUGUUUGAGGUGUGUAAUGUGGUGUGGUUUUAGUUUCCCUUUAGGAAACAAUAAAAAAGGAGUUUUAUAUUUUCUAGUAUAA